AUGAAGUCAUGUCCGUCUAAGACUACAUCAAAAAUGACAAGUAAGAUAGAAAAACCAUUAACAAGUCCUGUCUUGAGUGAUUUAGAAAAACGGUGUUGGUUUAAAGUGAAUUCCAUCAAGACAGUUCCAUUAAGUAAUCCAAGGUGGGAGAAGAUAGAGAAAGAAUUAGACACAACCGAAAUAGUAGUUGACACGUAUGCCAUGCAAACAGAAGGUAAUGAGUUAUUUGUACGUUCUGUUACUGGAACAAGCUUAAACUAUAUAUUAGUAUCCAACUUAUUUCAUCAAUACAGAAAAGUCUUGGAGAUGUUUCCAAAUUUUACAAACAUAUUACAAAUAGAUGACCACACCUUUAGUGCUGUUGUUUUUGCACUUGAACCGGAUUACUGUCAAAAAAUUGUUAUAGAGCAUUGUUGUGUAACUACUCAAGACGAGUGUUCUUUAUGUUUUUUCAAUACAGACAAAAUGAAUAACCCCGAUGAUGAGAUCUUCUACGUCACAAAGACGUCAAAAGGGUGUGAUAUAAUCAUUGAAGGACACUCGAAGGCUAUAUUUCAAGUCAAAGAAUACUUCACAUACUUUUAUUGUAUCCACAACAAACUCCUCACCAAUAUAUACAACCAUUUGUCUGGGGAUAAAGAGGCUGAAAAUAUUUUGAAUAUGGAGAAGCAGUUAUAUGUGUCUAUGUAUUACAUUCCCACCUUCCCUAUUUUGUAUCAGAAGAACUCAAAGUUCGACGUAUACGUGAAUUGUGAUUUCAGUGAAGUUGUAGUAAGAGGUUCCAAUAAGAUACGAGAUAAAGCAUCGGUCUUAGUGAAUUCCCUUCAUAAUCGAGUCAAUAGUGGAAUAUUAUUUCCAGGAAGUACAAUUAUUAAAAAAGGGAAGAAACUACUAUAUUUUCAUGCUCCAUUCACAUGUUUUAAUAAUCCAAAUAAUGAGGUCGACUUUAUUAUUGGAACGACAGUAACAGAAGGAAAUGCGUUUUACGGAUGUCAGAUUGUUACACAAAAGAUGUGUGGGUGUACACAUCCACAUUCUAAUGAUAAGAAAAUCUUCUUUGUUGAAUUGUGUGCCGAGAAAUUUUCAUUUGUGAAUGAUGAAAUUCAGUCGUAUUUUUACUAUCACUACUUCACACCAGCUUUCGUCGGGAUGGAGGAAAAUAAACGAAAUAGAUGUAUGACCAAUUUAAUUACCAAUAAGUUGAUAAUAAGAUACGCCAUAGACUAUAAUGUACCUUUGUAUGUACCACCAGUUUUUGACGAUACAUUGUCAAGUACCCAGACACUCCUUGCACUUUCAGUGAAGCUUCAGAGUACUAUUAAAUUACAUAAAUACCAAUUAAUUAACAAGAAAAGGAAUACUGUAUAUUUAAAGUAUCAAAAGUGUUAUUUACAAGAGUUAAGUGACAAAUUACUGCUUAUGGUAUUUGAGUACCUGUGUUUGGAAGACGUCAUUUCAGCGAUGUUGACGUGUUCUAGAUUUCACUCAAAAUUGAAAACCUCAAACUUGAUAUGGUCCAAUUUUAAUUAUAUCCACUUUAUAUCAUUAACACAUAAUUUAACAAAUGCAACCCCAGAGAAAAUCGACUACAAAAAUGUAAUUACAAAGUAUAACAAACUAAAAGCUUGGCGACAUUCUUUGCCCUACAAACGUGUUGUCAUCUCUCCAUUUUACUCUUCAAUCAAUUAUAUAAUGAUCAAACAAAGUGACUCUAUUGUGGUGGGGAGUGAUCGGGGGUAUUUCAGUUGUGUUGCGAUAGAAGACACUGCUAAAACUGAAAGAGAGUGUAUGCCUCUUCAGCCAAUUGCUGGUAUGAAGUAUUAUAAAAAUUCCACAAAUGAUUUAUUUGUUUAUUUCCGCUCUGGUGAAAUGAGGAAGUACACAACAAAGUCAUUUCAAUACGAAUCAUUCAAUUGCAAUAAUUAUAACAAAGUGGUCUUUUCAUAUAAUCCAGUGUUGUUAGGCCUCGAACACGAGACGAACAUUGCAAUCUAUGACUUAAACACUUGUUCUGAAGUUCUCACAUUUUCGCCACAUUCUGUUGAAAUCACGUCUUUGAAAAUGGUUGACAAUAAUUUGGUUCUGACAUCCUCUUUAGAUGGGACGUGUGCCGGUUAUGACAAGCGAACGAAUAACGUUGUGUUUCGCACACAGAACCAUUUAUGUGGAGUGACCGUUUUUGAUUAUUUUGAUAACUACAUACUGUCCGGAACAGCAAGAGGAUGUGUUCGAAUGUGGGACGUUCGAGCCGACAAUUUUUGUUGUGAUCGCCACAUUCACAUUGGUCCAAUUAACACAAUAAUGUGUUACAAUAGAAAAUUGGUGACUGGUGGCGUUGACAAGACAGUGAAGUUUUGUCGGUUUGAAAAAGGCUGGUUUGGAGACUUGAAGUAUCUUUAUAACCACAACACACCCAUCGAUUCUUUAAGUCUUAAUGAUGAUAUUCUCUUCUCUGGAUCACAAGACGGGACUGUAAUAUGUACUAAAUAUAAUGUUCCUUCAGUUUCAUUCAAAUGA